AUGAAUAGGUCAGGAGUCAGCACAGUGACUGAAUUCAUACUCCUGAGUUUUCCGUGCUCCAAAGAGGUUCAGGUCAUCCUCUUCAUGCUGUUCUUGGUGUCCUACAUCCUGACACUGAUGGGGAAUGGGGCCAUUGUCCUACAUCCUGACACUGAUGGGGAAUGGGGCCACUUCAUUGCAGUGAAGCUGGAUCGCAGGCUUCACACCCCCAUGUACGUUUUGCUGGCCAACUUUUCAUUCCUGGAGAUCUGCUAUGUCAAUACAACUAUUCCCAGUAUGUUGAAGAACUUUUUAUCUGAGACCAAAACCAUCUCUUUCAUAGCUUGUUUCUUUCAGUUCUACUUCUUCUUCUCCAUGGGCACCACUGAGACCUUCAUACUUCCCCUUAUGGCUUUUGAUCGUUACCUGGCCAUCUGCCAGCCUCUCCAUUAUCCUGUCAUUAUGAACAACCACCUCUGCAUGAACCUGGUGGCCCUGUGCUGGGUCACAGCUUUCCUCUGUUAUCCAAUCCCUACCUAUUUUAUCACACAACUCCCUUUUUGUGGCCCCAACACCACUGACCACUUUGUAUGUGACCCUGGGCCUCUUCUGGCCCUGUCCUGCAUCCCUGCCCCUGGAAUUGAGCUUUCCUGUUCUAUAUUGAGCUCUCUUAUUAUCUUCAUCACUUUGUUCUUCAUCCUUGGGUCCUACACCCUGGUUCUCAGAGCAGUGUUGCGUGUCCCUUCAGCAGCUGGCCGACGUAAGGCCUUCUCUACCUGUGGUUCCCACCUGGCUGUGGCGUCUCUCUUCUAUGGAACCCUCAUGAUAAUGUACAUCAGCCCAACCUCUGGUAAUCCAGGUGGGAUACAGAAGAUUGUAACCUUGUUCUACUCAUCAGUGACCCCACUGAUCUAUAGUCUCCGAAACAAAGACAUGAAAGCUGCCUUGAGAAAAAUUCAUAUGUGCACAGGAAUUAGUCAAAGCAAAUGA